AUGGGUAAGGGACAACCUAGAGGUUUGAACGCAGCUCGUAAGCUCCGUAUUCAUCGUCGUGAUCAACGUUGGGCUGAUAAGCAAUACAAGAAGAGAGCUCUCGGAACUGCUUUCCGUUCUUCUCCCUUCGGUGGUUCUUCUCACGCCAAGGGUAUCGUCCUUGAAAAGAUUGGUGUCGAAGCCAAGCAACCUAACUCUGCCAUUCGUAAGUGUGUCCGUGUUCAACUUAUCAAGAACGGUAAGAAGGUUACUGCUUUCGUUCCCAAUGAUGGUUGUUUAAACUAUGUCGAUGAGAACGACGAAGUUUUGAUUGCCGGUUUCGGUCGUAAGGGUCGCGCUAUUGGUGAUAUUCCUGGUGUCCGUUUCAAGGUCGUCAAGGUCGCCGGUGUCUCUCUUCUUGCCUUGUACAAGGAAAAGAAGGAGAAGCCCAGAUCAUAAAUUAUCUUUAUCUACAACAACAAAUGCUUCCUUUUUCUUUUUUUUUUUACUCUAUUUCAAAUUCAAUCCUUAAAUGUAUUUGAAAGUAAUAAAAAUCUUUAAAAAAUCAAAAA